UUCCUAUGCACCACAAGAAAAAAAAAAAGAAAUCGCGCUGGCGAUUGAAUAAGUACCAAUCUGACGAGAUUGAGAGAGAGCGAGAUUGAGAACGGGGGAUAUUUCAACCUAUUUUUGAGAUCAACUGCAAUCUCAUAAAACUAACACGAAAAGAAGAAAAAGAAGAUUUUUUUUUAAAAAAAAGAGGCAAAUCCGCGACAUCAGGAUGGAGUGGCAGCCGGACGAGCAGAGCCUCCAGCAGGUUCUCCUGCUGCUGAAGGACUCGCAGUCUCCAGACACGGCCACGCAGAGAGCGGUGCAGGAGAAACUGGAGCAGCUCAAUCAGUUCCCCGACUUCAACAAUUACCUCAUCUUCGUCCUCACAAGUCUCAAAUCUGAAGAUGAGCCGACCCGCUCUCUCAGUGGUCUGAUCCUGAAGAACAACGUGAAGGCUCACUAUCAGAGUUUCCCUCCUGCCGUGGCCGACUUCAUCAAACAGGAGUGUCUCAACAACAUCGGAGACCAGUCACCCCUCAUCCGCGCCACCAUCGGUAUUCUGAUCACCACCAUAUCGUCUAAAGGUGAGCUGCAGACAUGGCCUGAGCUUCUGCCACAGCUAUGUAACCUGCUCAACUCUGAAGACUACAACACCUGCGAGGGUUCGUUCGGGGCGUUACAGAAGAUCUGUGAGGACUCGUCUGAGCUGCUGGACAGCGACGCUCUGAAUCGUCCUCUCAACAUCAUGAUCCCCAAAUUCCUGCAGUUCUUCAAACACUGCAGCCCCAAAAUCAGGUCUCAUGCCAUAGCCUGUGUGAAUCAGUUCAUCAUUAGUCGAGCUCAGGCUCUGAUGGACAACAUUGACACCUUCAUAGAGUCCCUGUUUGCACUGGCGGGUGAUGAAGACUCUGAGGUGAGGAAGAACGUCUGCAGGGCUCUGGUGAUGCUCCUGGAGGUCCGUAUAGAUCGCCUCAUCCCUCACAUGCACAGCAUCAUCCAGUACAUGCUUCAGCGCACUCAGGACCCGGAUGAGAACGUGGCUCUGGAGGCGUGUGAGUUCUGGCUCACUCUGGCUGAACAGCCCAUCUGUAAAGAAGCUCUAUCAGGUCACCUGGUCCAACUUAUUCCCAUCCUGGUUAACGGGAUGAAGUACUCUGAGAUCGACAUCAUCCUGCUAAAGGGUGAUGUGGAGGAGGAUGACACGGUCCCCGACAGUGAGCAGGACAUAAAGCCACGUUUCCACAAGUCUCGCACCGUCACGCUGCAGCAUGAAGGAGGAGAGGGACAGGAGGACGAGGACAUCGACGAAGACGAGGAUGAUGAUGACGACACUCUGUCUGACUGGAAUUUGCGUAAGUGUUCUGCAGCAGCCCUGGACGUUCUUGCUAACGUGUUCCGUGAAGAGCUUUUGCCCCACCUGCUGCCCCUGUUAAAAGGACUUCUGUUUCACCCAGACUGGGUCAUCAAAGAGUCGGGAAUUCUUGUGCUGGGAGCCAUUGCUGAAGGCUGUAUGCAGGGCAUGGUCCAGUACCUGCCAGAGUUGAUUCCUCACCUGAUCCAGUGUCUGUGUGAUAAAAAAGCUCUGGUUCGCUCCAUCGCCUGCUGGACACUGAGCCGCUAUGCCCACUGGGUGGUGAGCCAACCGCCUGAUGCCCACCUCAAACCUCUCAUGACCGAGCUGCUCAAGCGCAUCCUCGACGGCAACAAGAGGGUGCAGGAGGCUGCAUGCAGUGCGUUUGCCACUCUGGAGGAGGAGGCCUGCACAGAGCUCGUCCCCUACCUCAGCUUCAUCCUGGACACUCUGGUUUUUGCGUUUGGAAAAUACCAGCACAAGAACCUUCUCAUCCUCUACGACGCCAUUGGGACCCUUGCUGACUCUGUGGGACAUCACCUCAACCAGCCGGAGUACAUUCAGAAGCUGAUGCCUCCUCUGAUCCAAAAAUGGAACGAGCUGAAGGACGAGGAUAAAGACCUUUUCCCCCUGCUGGAGUGUUUGUCGUCGGUGGCGACGGCGCUGCAGAGCGGCUUCCUGCCCUACUGUGAGCCUGUGUAUCAGCGCUGUGUCACGCUGGUGCAGAAAACCCUCGCUCAGGCUAUGAUGUACAGCCAGCAGCCGGAUCAGUACGAGGCUCCCGAUAAGGACUUCAUGAUUGUGGCUCUGGAUCUGCUCAGUGGGUUGGCCGAGGGUCUCGGCGGUCACGUCGAACAGCUGGUCGCCCGUAGCAACAUCAUGACCCUCCUCUUCCAGUGCAUGCAGGACACAAUGCCAGAGGUGAGACAGAGUUCAUUUGCUCUGCUGGGUGAUCUGACCAAAGCCUGCUUUCCUCAUGUAAAACCAUGCAUUGCUGAGUUUAUGCCGAUUUUGGGAACAAAUCUGAACCCUGAGUUCAUCUCGGUGUGUAAUAACGCCACAUGGGCCAUCGGAGAGAUCUGCAUGCAGAUGGGUGUGGAGAUGCAGCCAUACGUCGCUCUGGUGCUUCAUCAUCUGGUGGAGAUCAUUAAUAGACCAAACACUCCCAAAACCCUGCUGGAGAACACCGCUAUCACGAUUGGUCGGUUGGGGUACGUGUGUCCACAGGAAGUGGCUCCGAUGCUGCAGCAGUUCAUUCGGCCCUGGUGCACGUCUCUGAGAAACAUCCGAGAUAACGAGGAAAAAGACUCCGCCUUCAGGGGCAUCUGUGUGAUGAUCGGGGUCAAUCCUGGAGGUGUGGUGCAGGAUUUUAUCUUCUUCUGUGAUGCUGUGGCCUCCUGGGUCAAUCCCAAAGAAGACCUCAGAGAAAUGUUCUAUAAGAUCCUGCACGGUUUUAAGGACCAGGUCGGGGAGGAGAACUGGCAGCAGUUCUCGGAGCAGUUCCCUCCAAUCCUGAAAGAGCGUCUCUCCGCAUGCUACGGCGUGUAGAACCCACCCUACACACACGCGGCACGAAGACGCGCCGUCAGAUGAAUCUUUAGGAGGGUUACCGGGGGGGAACUCAUCCAUCUGUGUAUUGCACUGCCCUGAUCGUGGGGGAGAGGGACGCGAUUGGCCGCUCCGCCUGACGGACAGCCCCCACGACCCUGUGUGUGUCUCCAUGAGGGUGGGCGGGAGGGAUGGGAGGGGGGAGGGGAACUCCUCUAGUUAACUACAGAAUGCACCCAAUUGCAGGGGGGGUAGACCUAAAACACCACGUAGCGGGGACGAAAGGACGAUAGCGUAAAACAACCACCAGAGGGAGCACGUAACGAGCAAGGGGGGAGGGGGGGGGGGUGUUAGUACGGUUAAUAACAAAUAAAGGGAGGCGGACCAACAUAUUAAUACUACAAUGAAGGAUAGGCGCUAGAGAGCGAUCUGUUGGGUGGGGGGGGGGAGGGGAAUCAUGAGAAAAUCCCAUCACAAGCGAACCACCAAAAAAAUAAAAAAAUAACGGAUUUGCAAAAAUCGAGGAGGAGACGCUGGCAUUAUAUUACCAAUUCUGUUUCUGGGGUUUUUUUGUUUGUUUACUUUCUUUCUCUCCAAUGAGUCGCUGUUAUUUUUGUUUUUAUUUCUCUGCUUCAGCAGGUUUUCUUCUCACUACUCGUUUCGGUCCGAUCGUAUGUUCGUAAUUGUAACUUUUUGCGUGUGUGUAAUUGCUUGUUUCGGAAAGUCUAGACGAAUCGUGCACUGACCGUCAUUCUUUUUUUUUUUUUUUACAGAAAAAACCUGAAAUCUUUUCUUUUUGAGAUCAAAACGAGAGCUGCUUAGGAUUUUUUUUUUCAUUGCACUAAAGGCGCUGUUUUAUAGAUAACAUUCGCUAGCUAGUAUCGUUUUUUUUUUUUUUUUUUUUGGGUGGGGGUGGUUCUUACGUUUAGACUCCGCCCACUGAAACGAUGUGCUAUAAAAUUUCGGCGAAUCAUCACCAGGAUCACGCGUUACUCUAAAUAAUAAGAAAAAUACAAAUUUGUUUUGUAGCCCCCAUACAUACAUCUAUAUGUUGCUAUUAAAAUACGCUUGUCGCUAUACGGUGCUCUGAUCCUGAUUAAAAAAAAAAAACCUUUUACUCGCUUAGCUUAGAACGAAUUCCACUCAUUGACUACCAUGUAGUUUAGCUGCAACGCUGGAACGUGAAAAAAUACGUUCACGUCACUCCUCUAUUGUUUUUCCCCCCAAAUUAUAAAUAUUACUUGUUAUCACUGAGGAUUUGAUUCCAGGAUCAUGAUUGAGUGGAUAUUUUUUUUUUGGAGCAGAUCCACGUUAAAGGUAACAAAAGUUCAAACCAGACAAAAAUUGUUUUUUUUUUUUUUUUUUUUUUUUUUUGCGACCAGCUACGAUCCGCACGUUUUCGAAUUGCGAAAGAAAAAAAAAAAACCCAACCCUGAUUUAAGUAAAUAAGUUAAAACAGAAUAAGAUAAAUAGAUAAUAAAAUAAGUAAAUAUAAACGACGGCUGUGGAUUUGCGUAACAGGUUUGCUGUAACUGGUCAGUAAUUGUUCUUAGCUGCGUUGUUUAUUUUUUUUGCUUGUUUUGUUUUUGUGUAACUGUUUAUUUGUUGUGUUUGAAUGGUUGUAAGUUUAUUUUGUGUGUGUGUGGCUUUAAUGUUUCAUGUUUUAAGGUACGUUAAAUUACACUUGAUUCCUGGACCCCUAUUGACCUGUAAACUGUGACCAAUGUGUGUGUGUGUGUGUGUGUGUGUGUGUGUGUGUGUGUGUGUGUGUGUGUUUUCUCAGAGUGUGAGGGCGGAGUUUGUUUGCUAACGAGACAGUGUGUUUGUGUGCGUACCCGAGAGAAAGUAUUUGUACUGCUAACUAUUGAUGCCAUAUUGAUAUUUGAUAUGUAGUGAGUAAACGCCUAUGAAUUACA